AUGAAGUUGAAGCUCCUCGCCGCAGCAUUGUUGCUGUUGCAGGCCUCCGACGCCGCCGGCAUCGAUACUCAACGGGCCAGCCUUAAUUCCCACGCCGAUAAGACAAAUACUCGACUGUUUCCUUUCCUCACGAAGCUUCGCGAUAAUGCGAUCGAGUUCAUAUUCGGGCGACACCCCACCAAGGAUAGCAACCAGCCGCCCAUCCUCAACCAAUUCCGCGCCCAGUAUGCCAACCAGCUUGUCCUUCGUUUCAAUGUCACUACUUCCCACGAGGAGGGCGCCCUCGCCGAUGCCGCUGCUCGACUAUUCCUUGAUGUAUGGGCGUUUACCGAAGACUACGUCGACAUUCGAAUGCACACCGAUGAGGUCGGCCCUCUGCUCAGCCUACUCCCCAAGUCGCUUCACACUUCGCAUUCUACUCUGAUCCCCGACUUGGCCGCCGCGGUCUACAAUUCUCUCCCAACCGAUGGCAACCCCACGCGCUCCGACCCUCAGACCGUUGCCCCCAUGGUCAAGUCUAAUUUGUCGCCUGGUGACAACCUCUUUUUCCAGGAUUACCAGCCGCUGGCGGUGGUGGUCCGCUGGAUGCGUCUGCUUGAGGCCAUGUUCCCGUCCUAUGUGGAAUAUAUGAACAUUGGCAAGUCUUACGAGGGGCGCGACAUUCCUGCCCUUCGUGUCGGUGUUCCAGUACUCGAACCCGAUGCGCCUAAGAGGAAGACGAUCAUGGUUAUGGGUGGCUCCCAUGCCCGCGAGUGGAUCUCGACCAGUACUGUCAACUAUCUGGCUUGGUCUUUCAUCACAAGCUACGGCAAGGAGCGGAUGAUCACCAAGCUACUUGACGAGUUUGACAUUGUGUUUUUGCCAAUCGCCAACCCUGAUGGCUUCGAGUACACAUGGCACAUUGACCGGCUCUGGCGCAAGACGAGACAGCAGACGAACCUCCAAUUUUGCCGUGGACUGGACUUGGACCGCGCUUAUGGAUAUGAAUGGGAUGGCUCACGGGCUCAGCGUGACCCAUGCUCGGAGAGCUAUGGGGGAGAGAAGCCUUUCCAGGCUACUGAAGCUGUCCAGAUUGCUGACUGGGCGCGCAAUGCGUCGUGGAACAACAACGUUCGAUUCGUCGGCCUGAUUGAUCUGCAUUCUUACUCCCAGCAGAUUCUGUACCCCUAUUCUUAUACCUGCUCGGUUGAUCCACCAAACCUGGAGAACCUCGAGGAGCUCGCAGCAGGCAUCGCCAAGUCGAUCCGGCUAUCGAACGGAGAGUCAUACACAGUGACCUCAGCAUGCGAGGGUGCUGUAUCAGCACGAGAAUCCAGCGGAGGCCGUUUCUGGUCUCGCAUCGAGUCCGGUGGCGGAUCCGCAGUCGACUGGUUCUACCACGAGAUGAGAGCUCAUUACAGCUACCAACUCAAGCUUCGGGAUACAGGUAGCUACGGCUUCCUGUUGCCCAAGGAACACAUUAUUCCAACGGGAGAGGAGAUUUUCAACGCGAUGAAGUACUACGGUGAUUAUCUCCUCGGAAACAAUGGAAUCGAGUGGUUCCCGGAGGCCGAGAAGAACCACAGGGCAAAGGCGAAUGAGAAACAGGCUAUGCCCGCUAGCGAGGAAGAUGUUCAAUUUAGUCAGGAGCUCAGGAGGAGAAGGAUGCGGAGAUAA